GUGGACAGACAGUGAGAGCGCGCGUGAAGAAAAGGGAGUCUGACACGAUCCACAAAUUGUGCUGCCGCCAAGACAUUUCAAGGCAUGAGCUAAUGACACAAUAUACAAAGUUAUAGACAUUCAGACAGUCAACGGUGAAGGAUGCUGGGAUGUGAGGGCAGGACAGGGCAGAGGUAUCGUCUGACCCUGGUCACAGGAUUGGUGGAGUGUCUGUGUUUCGCUGGAGUCGUGUUUGGCUACGCCUCUCUGGUGUUUGUGCUGAAGGAGGAUGGAUACUUCCAGGACUUGUGUGUCAAUGUGACUGGAGCCAACAGUACUCUGGUGAACACAGACUGUGGAGCGCAGGAUGAACAGUUUUCUCUGGUCUUCACCAUCGCCUCAUUUCUGAACAACUUCCUCAGUCUUCCCAAUGGAGUCAUAUUUGACUGCUUUGGCACCAUGGCGACGAGGCUGCUGGGAAUAUUCCUCUAUACCACCGGUACCUUGCUAGUAGCCUUCUCCAGUGCAGUGUAUUCUUUGCUGCUGUUCCCAGCCCUAUCCUGCAUUGCUGUGGGAGGAAUACUGUUGCUCAUUACAAACAUGCAGGUUGGUAACCUGUUCGGGUCCCGUCGCUCCACCAUUAUUACCCUCUAUAAUGGAGCCUUUGAUUCUUCCUCUGCAGUCUUCCUCCUAUUUAAGGUGCUGUAUGAAGUAGGAGUCUCUCUACGCGCCUCCUUUCUGGUUCUCUCCGUCGGCAGUGUUGUCCAUCUCCUCCGGACACUCUUCCUCUUACCCAGAACUCACAUCCCCUACCCCCUACCGGAAUGCUACACCUAUGGAAUAAGCUUUGGUAAAGAAAACAGCUACGACGUAGAGGAGUUUGAGAAAACCCAAGAUGCCACAUUAACACCAGAUGGGGAGGGGGAAACUGAUGAUAGGCCCUUACAGUCCGAGGAUGUUGGGCCUUCUGAAGACGUGGUCAGUUUCAGGAGCUGUGUCCUGUCCUGGUUCUUCUUGUGGCACCUUAUCUGGCUGUCUGUCAUGCAACUGCGUCACUAUCUAUUCAUUGGAACAUUAAACCCUAUGCUCAACCGCCUGGCCAACAACGAUCCAACCCUGGUGAGUAAGUACACCAAUGCAUUUGCCUUCACCCAGUUGUGUGGGGUUCUCUGUGCUCCCUGGAACGGCCUCCUCAUGGACAGACACAAGGGCAGGCCUCUGGCUCCAGGAGAGACAGAGAGGGAGGCGGACCUGCGCUCGUCCAUUCUUUCCCUCUUCCUCACCUCCCUGCAGUGCCUCCUCUUCUCUGUCUGUGCCUCCACUCCCCUCCUCCCGCUCCAGUACCUCACCUUCAUCCUGCAGGUCCUCAACCGCUCAUUCCUCUACGGAGGCAACGCCGCAUUCAUCAGCAUAGCUUUCCCACCCAGUCACUUUGGGAAGCUGUACGGUCUGAUGAUGUCUCUGUCAGCGGUGGUGUCUCUGCUCCAGUACCCUUGCUUCGCCCUAGUCAAAGGAACCCUGGGAGGGGACCCCUUCUAUGUGAACAUUGCUCUGACCUUGCUCACUUUGCUGGCUUUUAUCCACCCACUGUGUGUCUGUCUCUACUGCCGGAGGCUGGCCAACCAGAGGGAGGAUGGACAGAUGGAUGCCGGUACAGGUGGCUGAGGCCAAACUGUAGGGACGGUCCAAGAAAGGAAAGGCUAUUUAAAUGCGUUUUUAUGUAAUGUGUAUGGGUGACAUGACAUGACAAUGUUUUGGAAAACGGUAUUUUAGUAACGUUUUUGCAGUAUUUUUUGUAUCGUCUCACAAUUUGGUUACAGUUGACAAUAAAAAUGUACAUGAGAAGUU